AGAGAGAGAGAGAGAGAGAGAGAGAGAGAGAGAGAGAGAGAGAGAGAGAUGAAGAUAGAAGAGGUCCAGUCCACCAACAAGAAGCAGCGAAUAGCUUCUCAUACACAUAUCAAAGGCCUGGGUCUAGAGGCCAAUGGAAGGGCGAUACCUAUGUCUGCUGGGUUUAUGGGUCAGUUGGAGGCUAGGGAAGCAGCAGGUCUUGUUGUUGACAUGAUACGGCAGAAAAAGAUGGCUGGCCGGGCACUCUUGCUUGCUGGCCCUCCUGGCACUGGGAAAACUGCAUUGGCUCUUGGAAUAUCUCAGGAGCUUGGAAGUAAGGUACCAUUCUGCCCAAUGGUUGGAUCUGAAGUAUAUUCUUCGGAAGUCAAGAAAACUGAGGUUCUAAUGGAAAACUUCAGAAGGGCUAUAGGUCUUCGUAUUAAGGAAAAUAAAGAGGUCUAUGAAGGAGAGGUAACUGAACUCUCUCCAGAAGAAACUGAGAGCAUUUCAGGAGGUUACGGUAAAAGCAUUAGUCAUGUAAUCAUUGGGCUGAAAACUGUCAAAGGAACGAAGCAACUGAAGUUAGAUCCAACUAUUUAUGAUGCUCUGAUUAAGGAAAAAGUUGCUGUUGGUGAUGUUAUAUAUAUUGAGGCAAAUAGUGGAGCAGUUAAAAGGGUCGGUAGAAGUGAUGCUUUUGCUACAGAAUUUGAUCUUGAGGCUGAAGAGUAUGUUCCACUUCCGAAGGGAGAGGUUCAUAAGAAGAAGGAGAUAGUUCAGGAUGUAACAUUACAUGAUCUGGAUGCUGCAAAUGCUCGACCACAAGGUGGACAAGAUAUAUUAUCGUUAAUGGGCCAGAUGAUGAAACCAAGGAAGACUGAAAUCACUGAUAAGCUACGCCAAGAGAUCAAUAAGGUUGUUAAUCGCUAUAUUGACGAAGGAGUGGCCGAGCUUGUCCCUGGAGUGCUAUUUAUUGAUGAGGUUCAUAUGCUGGAUAUGGAAUGCUUCUCAUACAUGAACCGUGCUUUGGAGAGCUCGCUAUCCCCCAUAGUAAUUUUUGCCACUAACAGAGGAAUAUGUAAUGUGAGAGGAACAGAUGUCAGUAGCCCUCAUGGUGUACCUGUUGAUUUGUUGGACCGUUUGGUUAUUAUACGAACAGAAACAUAUGGACCUGCUGACAUGAUACAGAUUUUGGCUAUCCGUGCACAAGUUGAGGAGCUGGUAAUAGAUGAAGAAAGUCUGGCUUACCUUGGAGAGAUCGGGCAGCAAGCUUCCUUAAGGCAUGCGGUUCAGCUCUUGGCACCUGCCAGCAUUGUAGCGAGAAUGAAUGGUCGAGAUAACGUUUGCAAGGCAGAUAUAGAGGAAGUGAAUGCUUUGUAUUUGGAUGCAAAAUCUUCGGCUAGGCUUUUGCAAGAGCAACAGGAAAGAUACAUCUCAUAGUCAUAUACUUGUUGGUACAUGUGCGUAUUUUGUACAGAAAAAUCUAGAAAUGAGAUUAUUCAAGUGAGAAAAAGGAGGGUGAUUCCAUUGUAAUCACUGCCAGA